GCCUUCGCCGAGGAGGCGCCGACGCUGCGGCGCGCCUUCGAGCAGGAUUUCAAGAAGGCGGACGCGGGGGCGGAGCUGGAGGUGAAGUUCGAGACCUUCAGCGCCGAGGUGUGGGGCACGGACGCCUCGGCGAGCACGGACCAGGUCCUGGUGUCCCUCGGGCGCGGCGCCGAGAGCUUGGAGGGGAUGACCACCAACUCGAUGAGCGGGGAGUUCUUCUUCCAGAGCCGGGACGGUCGCUUCUUCGUGAAGACCAUCUCGGAGCCGGAAGGCGACCUCCUGAGGCAGAUGGCCCCAGCCUACCGCGCGCACAUGCGCGGGUGCUCCGCCAUUUCGGCCGGGCGGGCGCCGGAGGCACUGACGCCCGCCGCGCCCGCCCAUGCCAAUGGGGCCCAAUGCGCCUGA